AUGAGCGAACCCCAUGUCCCUGGCGGAUUCACCGGGUCCAGCCCCCCGUCGAUUGCCGGCUCGCGAGCCACGGGGAGCACCAUCGACGAACAGAUGGCCGACCACAUCCGAGCCGAGCUUGCGAAACCCGGAGACAGUGCCAACGCCGAGACCCAACAGACACGCCAGCACUGGCGUUAUCUCCUCGCACGCAACGAGCAGAAGCAAGCCGAUAAGGCGCGCAACGAAAUCGGGGUGGGCGUUGUGGUCGGCCAUGGUGAUGGCUAUGGCAACGGCAACGGCAACGGCAACGGCAACGGCGGCGGCGGCGGCGGCGGCGGUGGUGGUGGUGGUGGUGGUGGUGGAAACAAUCAACGCGAUCAUUGCCCCUCCUCCUCCGUCGGUCUCUCGUCCCGUCGCUUCGAUGGCUCCAUCCUUGACAUGGACGGCCUCAGCAACCUCGACCUGAACACCGCGGACCAAGCGACACGUCGACGCGUCAUCGAGACGUGCAACCAGCACGCCGACUACUUCCGGGCCCAGCUCGACGGGCGGCGUCCUCGAGAACGGGUACAGCGACCGACUACAGUCGCCGGGCUUAACGAUCAACAAGCAGCGAUUGCUGGCUCCGAAUUUUCCUCGAUAGGGGAGAUCGAUGACAAGAUGGGGGAGCUAUUGUGUGCUCAGGAGAGGGCGUUGCAGGAGGCUCUGCGCCACGAGAUGGAGAUUAAGCGGCUCUGGUGGUUGAGACAGCACGCGCUUCGAGAGGGGAAGUGA